AUGUGGGUUUAUACCACGAUAUAUCUCUGUCUGGCACCCCGGCCAUGGCAUAUUUCACAUCCGCACCCGUCAGCUGUCUGGACAUCUUUCUGUUUUCAUAUGCAAAACCGAGUCACCGAGACAAUUCAGUCUAGACCCAAUGACUGCAUGUACAGCGCUCGGCCCCUCCCCCUAGUUACCCAUCUGCCUCAUUUGCCCGGGUUCAUUCAGGGUGAGAGAUCUGGGCGUGAGUUUGGGCUGUCUGAGCUUCACCUCGAUCCUCAUUGAGCUCUUGUGUUAGUUUGACUCUGGAUGUAAGAGGAGCGACUUGAGAAGCAAAUGUGGCAGCAUGCAGCUCCAUGCAGGCGAGGAUCUGCAGCCGUGUGCGCAGACGCAGUGCCAAUCUCAGCUGGAGUUUGUGCAGAUUCUGGUGAUCGUUGUGGUGAUGAUGAUGAUGGUGGUGGUCAUCACAUGUCUGUUGAAUCACUACAGACUCUCUGCACGAUCUCUCAUAUCCCGCCACGGACGGGCACGUCGACGUCACCUGCCCCUGCCAUCGGAGGGCAGUUUGUGGUCAUCUGAUUGCACAGGCCCGUCUGGUGCCAUGAGUGAGCAGGUUUAUGCUCCUCGACCGCCCGACCGUGUCCCUUCUUACCUGCAGCGCGAACGUCUGUCCCGCCUUCAGCCCACCUACCCUUACUUGCCGCACACCAUCAUCGACCUUCCCCCGACCAUCCCGCUGUCAGACGGAGAAGAACCACCGCCAUACCAGGGUCCGUGCACUCUCCAGCUCCGAGACCCGGAACAGCAGCUAGAGCUCAACAGAGAGUCUGUCCGUGCCCCUCCUAACCGCACUGUCUUCGAUAGUCCGCUCAUCGACGCGUCGCUGUGCCCACCGAGCGUGAACGCGGGCAUCAGCGCUGGCAGGCUAGAGGGAGCUCCGCCCGCCUACAGUGAAGUAAUGGGGCACUACUACCACCCCACGUCUUUACCGCACCACACGCAGACUCGACCCGGCACGGUUGCGCCUCUGGUGCGGGGUGUGCUGCAGUCGCCCCAGCUCAGCCGCACGGACAGCAAAAACGCCCGCAAUAAAGAGAAGAACAAAGCUCAGCAGGUCUGACAUUACAGAGCAAAAGCAGAGCAAAGCAACGUUGACACGGGCUGCGGUACGAGAGACUGAUGCGGCCGAGCGCUGGUGUGAGGGCUAGUUAACUUCCCUCAGAGUGCUUCCUGUUUGCCAGGGUAAGGAAAGGCAGUCGUGCAAAAGACUCGAAGCGGCUGCCCGUUCUCUUGCCAGUUUUUGCUUUCAUGACUCAGAACCUUGAUGCAAGGUUUAAAACUUUCUAUAAAUAUUUCUGUGUUAUUUGUCGUCAGUGCUCUUGAAAUACUCAGACGAGCUCACGCUUUUCCUAAGUGAUUUUUACAUUUACUUGCUCGUCAUUUACCACGGUCACAAAUGUGAUGCGGUCUGUGUGUAAGGUGCCAAUAGCUGUUGCGUUAUUUACCCAUGAUGUACGCUUCAGAAGAGAGCGGCUGCACGCGAACGGUUUGUUUGAUUUGACGCAGAUCACGCUAAGUUGAACUGUGCCGCGCACAGGUAUAUUCAUUAACGUAUGUGUUUAUAUAGGCUACAGUAUAAAUAUAUAUACAUGUGUAUGGAAAGCAGAAAAAAUGAACUUAAAAAGCACGAUUUUAGAGUUAUUUAUAUAAAUGUCUAAAAUUGCACUAUUUUUAAUAGCAGUCCACAAAUCACACGGGUCUCCUGGAAAGACAUUAUUUGUUGGACUGAAGUUUGUGUUUGGAGCGUGUUGAAGCGAGUGCGUUGACCUGUUGCCCUUAACUACAAAGCCGUCGAUGAGGACGGAUCUAUCGAACACCUGUGCUUCACAGCUCAACCGAACAAAUCAGCUGAGGGUUCUAGAGAUCAACCGUAGUCGUCUGAACUAGUCGUAGAACUAGUGAAAGAGGCUUUAAGAAUACUAGUUUGUAGCGUAGUUUAAUAUCGGAGCCCUUCAACUCUGUGUAUUUGCCUUAAGCUUGAUUUUAGAUUCUAGAGCUGUGCGUCGGCUACAUUCACAAUCAUUGAUGUUUCCGGCAGAAGUCCCAAACGUGGAUGAGAUUUCUUCUGCUCCUGUCCAGCUCGGGCGUCUCUGAAAGCACUUUAAAGACGUGGGAGGAAAUCUGUUUCGUUGAGAGGGGGGAAAAAACGAAAGGAAAUAAAUAUGCAACUGCUCCCUCGUUGGCUGGAACGUGGGCCGUGUGGACGGAAUAAGAUCGGUAGGGUUGGCAAUCGUAGAAAUUCGCUGGUACACAAGCAGCCUGUCUGAUUCUGAGUCAAUGAAUCAAUCUGUAUGGAACACAAUCUCAUUCAUACGCUGCCAAAUAAUGACUCGCGAGACGGUCGAUGGGUUUGUUUCCAGCUUUUGGUGAAGUCCCAUGAAUCAUUUUAAUUCCAACCAAUGAGGGAAUAUCGGGUGGAAUUGUGUUCAUUUUUACUCCAGGGAAAUGGCGCUAACAGCAGGUCAGCUGCAGGCGGGUUACACUUAUCAAACCCGUCUCCCAACACAACUGUACAUGAUCAAAUCUAAUGAAAAUGAUCCAUUCGAAUAAAAUCAUCUCUUGGCCAAAUGAGUUUCUUAAAGGAACAGAUCACCCACAUGCAGAAAGUCAUGCCUCUUUGGAAUGACGUGAGUGUGAGUUUGUUUUUCAUUUUGGGUGAACUGUCCCUUUAGGAGUGUUUAAAUUGUUAACCCUCUCUGCAGUUUGACGUAAGGUCUUACCUUUACAGAGACGCCCACCAGUGUGUCCUCAUCCGUAGGUCACGGGAGCUGGCACCCGGUCAGCCAAUCAGGUGGCGGCUGACAGGAAGCGAUGUUGUAUGGAUGGUGAUGAUAUGGAUGAGUUUAGUGGAGAGAGUUGCAAUAUACCGACUAUUUGCCUUUUGAUAAUGUAGUUUGUUGUUUAGUUAAAGAUAAAGUAAGUCGUUUUUGUUGCUUUUUCUCGUAAAGGUCAUGUUUUUGCGUUAAAGGUUAAUGCAAGAUUUAUUAUGUUUUUGUAUGCAAAUAAUGUUAACUUACUCUUCGCUUUAGUUUCCUUCAGAUCGUUUCAUUGUCAUAUAUUGUUUAAGAAAAUAGUUAAAAUGUGUUAGUGUCACUUCUGAAAAAAAAAGUUCAUAUCUCUGUGUGCCUUCGAGUAGCCAGUAAAAAAACCCACGUGUGUGUGUUUUUAGUGCAUUCUGUUGCCUUCAUAUCCAAAACUGCCCCAAUAAUUAAAAGAUGCUAUCAAACAAAUCUGCAUCAACAUGCAUUGAUGUACUUUUGGUUUUGUCAAAAUUUAAGCACAAAGUGAAACCAAAUGAGAUUCACAACUCGUUCACGCAAAAUGGAGGAAAAUAUGUCAUUGUUCCUGCAUUUGAAUCAUGUACCACUUCAUCUCUGUGUUGCUUUAAGCUUGUGCUUCUCAGUUCAGACGAAUCGGUUAAUCUGGAGUCACUUCGGUUUCAUCGCACACUUUUGGGGCUUUGUUUUAGUUCAUCUGUUUUGUCGGACUGUGAUUCUCUGGGUUCUUAAUCAAAUAACAGAAGAUUUCCAAGUUGAGAGACAUUUCCAAAGAAGCACUUUCUCUGUCGAACCCUUUAACAUGGGUGAAGGGUCAGAAUGAAUCAUCUCUUGUGUGUCUGGUUUUAAGAAUUACAGUGAUGCUAGCCAUUUAACAUUUCUGUGUGUUUACGGUAUGAACAUGAUAUUUUCUCUUUCUGUCUGUCACAUUUGUGUGCAUGUCUUCAGCUGUAAUCACCACACAGACGCCUGUUGUCGUCAAAAAUAACCAUUUACUUGUAACUGUUUUGUUUAUUUUUAUUUAUAUCAUAUCCUGAAAAGUGUUACCAGAUUUGAAUCGUUGUUGCUAUACGAGCGUGGGGGCAGUGUUUAAAACACACCAGGUUAUACAAUCUGAUACAUUUCAAUUAGCUGCCAAUUAAACAAAUAAACAUUUUAUA